GUGUUUUAAUUGUCGCGAUCUGGCAUCCCAGUGAAAGCGGAAGUGGUAAUGUUAUGUAUAAACCCGCGCGGGAAAAAGCAGUGUUUUGGUGGAAGUACUGAAGAAAGCGGGAGACUUUUUCAAACCGGCUUGUUGGAAAAUUCUGUUAAUCUGUCCGGAUCAGGAUGAAGGUGGUAACUUGUGAAAUCGCCUGGCACAACAAGGAGCCAGUAUACAGUCUGGAUUUUCAACAUAACGGCGAAAGUAAAAAUCACCGCCUGGCCACGGCCGGAGUGGACACCACAGUGCGUUUGUGGCGUGUUGACAGGGGGCCAGACGGAAAGGCUGUAGUGGAGUUCCUAUCAAAUUUGGCGAGACAUACAAAAGCUGUGAACGUAGUACGCUUUUCUCCCACUGGGGAGCUGCUGGCAUCUGGAGGAGAUGAUGCCGCCAUCUUAUUGUGGAAGAUUAAUGAUAGUAAAGAGGUCGAGCAAACCCCAACUUUCCAGGAGGACGAGGACGCUCAGCUGAACAAGGAAAGCUGGAAUGUUGUCAAGACUCUCAGGGGGCACAUUGAGGAUGUAUAUGACUUGUCAUGGACAAACGAUGGGAAUUUCCUGGUUUCUGGUUCUGUAGACAACACUGCCAUCAUGUGGGAUAUUCAGAAAGGUCAGAAGAUAUGCAUCUUUAAUGACCAUAAGAGCUAUGUGCAGGGUGUAUCCUGGGACCCGCUAGGUCAAUAUAUUAGCACACUUAGCUGUGACAGGGUUAUGCGCGUGUACAGCACACACGCAAAGAAAAAAGCCUACAGUGUGAGUAAAAUGACAUCAGGCACUGCUGGAGAGGGAGAGGUGAAGAACUUCCGGAUGUUUCACGAUGACAGUAUGCGCUCCUUCUUCAGACGCCUCACCUUUACACCAGACGGCUCCUUCCUCCUGGCACCUGCCGGUUGUGUGGAGACAGGAGAGAAUGUGACAAACACCACCUAUGUCUUCUCCAGGAAGAGCUUCAAGAGACCCAUAGCUCAUCUGCCCUGUCCUGCUAAAGCCACUCUUGCUGUACGAUGUUGCCCAGUGUACUUUGAGCUCAGAACCAAGAAGCUUGAAGAUGGAUCGGUGCAGCCACUGCCCAACACGUUCCAGCUGCCUUAUCGCUUAGUGUUUGCUGUGGCAUCUGAAGACUCCAUCUUUUUUUAUGACACCCAGCAGACAUUGCCAUUUGCUUAUCUGUCCAAUAUCCACUACCACACCCUGAGUGACCUCAGCUGGUCUGGUGACGGCUCAUUCCUGGCCGUGUCCUCCACGGAUGGCUAUUGCUCUUUUGUGUCCUUUGAUGAGCUGGAGCUUGGCACCCCUCUGAAGGAGCGGCCACAGCUGGACAUCACCCCGAUCCCGGCCAGUGAGAAAAAAGGCAAGAGAACAUCAGGUAGUGGACGAAAUGCUUCACCAGUGCCCCGCACCAACCCUUCACCCAUCACACAGGAGAAAGAAACUUCAUCAGCUACAUCUGAAGAGAAGAGAACACCACAGGGUUUGAAGGCCAAAUCACAGCCCAGGCGCAUUACCCUCAACACACUGGAGGGAUGGAGCAAACCUAGCACCCCAAAAUCUCCUGUCACACCCAAUGAAAGUCCCAGCAUGCCCAAAUCAGCCCCUUCUACUCCUCUGGCUAGCCAGGGACAGCUUACUCCCAAAACUACCCAAACUAACUCAAGCACACCACUUGCUCCCAUCAAUGCCAGAAACUCCACAACACCUAAAGGACCCACCCCUAGGCGGAUUUCUCUGAUACCACUUAACCCCAGAUCUCCAGUUUCCUCUCAGACGUCUGCGACUCCAUCCUCUGCUGAGAAAGCCAAACACGAGAGACCAUCUCCUUCUAACGAUCCAGUGUGCAAGCCUCCCGAAUCCAAGCGGCCCAAGACUGAGGAAGCUUCCCCGAGUGACGGCAGCAGCACGUCUCAAAGCACUGAACCCUCAGUAGAGUCCAGCAGCAAGGCCAUGGAUUCUUGACCAAUAACUGAAUUUCUGUUUUUAUCCAACUGUGUUCAUCUAUGUAGAAACCUGCACAAAAUGAUCCAGGAGUGUGUGUAUGUGUAGUUGGACAUGAUAACUUAAAACUAAUCCAGACACGUGCAUAAUUUGACCAUAAGGGAGCUGUGCGUGUUAUUUUUCUGGUUCAUUUUGGCAAGCUUAUUCACUUGUCUAUUUAUACUUUCAUGGUUUGUAUUGUUAAUUGAAGACAUUUCUAAAUUGUUGUCAAUCAAUUUGUCCACACUGAACUCUUCAUUGAUAUCAGAUUACCAAGCACCAACUUUGAAGGACUAAUUCUAAGAAUUUCUUUCCAUUUGCAAAGGCUCAAAGAAGGUAAUUUUCUGGAGACAAUUUGUAUUGUCCUGUUUGCAGCAACAAAUGAAGCAGCCACUUUGUCCAUGGGAACAUGCUGAUUUGUCUGUACAGAAAUUGAAGCACAUGCGAGAACUGUGGUGGCAAACAAACCAUAAAUUAUGUAAAAUGUGGAAGUCUCUUUUUCAGAGUGAGGGAUGUAGACUAAGCUUUUGCUGUAAACAGAAUUUCUAAAGAAUUAAAUAUUCCGUCAUGAGUCAGCUUUAACCUUUGAGACUUUGUUUGAAUUCAAAUUUUGAAUGAAUUAGUCAUUAAAAUACUUGUCACAGUUCUUCAAUUUCUUUUGAAGCAAUCGUAAGAAUUGUAAAUACUAAAAAAAUGUAAGUAAUGACCUAAUAUACAUUUGGGGAGAAUACAAUUUUACUUGUAUAUUUCAAAAUUUCUUUUAUAUCCAGUCCAGUGACUUGUAAAUGUCUGACGAAAUCUGUGUGAAUCUCAGGUUCUACCACUUCCCAAAGGUGAUCUGGAUUCAGAGCUAGUGGCUGGGAAAACCUCUAGAACCAUUGCCUUUUUCAUGAAAUACUCAAAUACCCUUUGGCGUUCAUACACUGUAGCAGGAAAUCAAUUCCCUACACUAUUACACUAUCUCCACCAUCUUGGGCUGUUACAAGGCAGAUUUGGUCCAUGGAUUUGUGCUGUUCGAUUUCUGACCCCAUCUUUGGUGUGCUUCAGCAGAAAUCCAGACUCUAGUCUGGCUUCAACCAGUCUUCAACCAGUAUUUUUGAGUCUGUACCCACUGCAGAGCAGGCUUCCUGUUUUUCAGUAACAGAAGUGGAACACGAUGUGGUCUGCUGUUGUAGCCUAUUCGCCUUAAUGUUUGUUAUUUUGUGUAUUCUGAGUUGCAAUUCUGAUCACUGCCAUUGUUCAGAGUGGUUAUCCGAGUUACUGUUGCCUUUCUCUGAGCUUGAAUCAAACUGGGCAUUUUCCAUUGACCUCUCUCAUCAACAAGGAGUUUCUGUUCAUAGAACUGCUUCUCACUGAUUUAUUUUUUUUCUUUAUUGCAACUUUUGAGUAAACUCUAGAGACUGGUUUGUGAAUCCUAGGAGCAGUUAGUAAUAGGUUAGUUCAGCAGUUAGUAAUAAGUAAUAGAAAUACUUAAACCAGCCUGCAGACACCAACAGUCACCCUCAAAAUCACUGAAAUUACAUUUGUUUCAGAUUCCGAGGGUUGUUUGAACAUUACCCGAAGCUGCUGGCCCGUAUCUGUAUGAUUGUAUGCAUUGCACUCUGCCCAUGUGUGAUUGGAUGAUUAAAUAACUUCAUGAAUGAGCAGUUGUACCUAAGUGUUCCUAAUAAAGUGCUCCAUGUGUAUAA